UGCCGCCAUAAAAAGUCAUUAGAAGAAGAAAAGAAAGUUAUAUAGUGAUAGUCCGACCGCGUCUUUAUCUUCUGCGUGAUUUAUGGAGUGUAGUCUUGUAUCGUUGAUAAUGAGAGAUAAGAUGGAUGUGCUGUGCUGUAAAUCAGUAGGAACUGAUCUGUCCAUGCUGGAUAUUGAUGAUUUCAUCACAGAAAUCUCUCAGCUGAAGAAAGAGGUGGCGUUACUGGAGGCAAAGCUGAGGCCAAGAGGAGAUUUAGGACUGAAACGAGAGGAUGUGCAUUGUUGUGAAUCUUCAUGGUCUGUGUCUGAUGGAUGUCUGGAUUCAGUGUGGAUGAGCAGAGAUCAGAGCCGCACACCACAGCCACUGCUGGACUCACAGGACACCAAGCUCAGUCUGACUUUACUCGGUUAUACUGAGUCAAAGCCCACAGACACUCAGGACACUACAGUGUGUGACAGUAAACAGAGCUUACAGGAGGAUCAAACCUCCACAGAGUCUCUGGAUUCUGUCUGUAAUGCUGGAGAACCGCAGCAGAUCCAGAAGAUGUGUUCAGUUAAACUCAUUGAUUGCAGGAACCUCAUGAUGAAGUUUAAAACUGAACCCACAGUAGAGGAAGAUCACACUGAGGAAGAUGAUGGUGUUAUUACGUCAGGUGUAAAUAGUGAAUCAUGUUUGGAGGAAGAAAUGACGUCCUCAACAUCAAAAGAGUGUCAGACAGCACAAACUAUUUCCUGCAUCACCUUUGGAAAGACAUUCAGGUCACAGAGACAUUUAGAGAGACAUGGGAGAAAACACACAGAACAGAAACUCUUCACCCGCACCAGGUCUGAGAUCAGCCUUACUUCAGAAGAGCACAUAGAGAAGAAGAAGAAGCAGCAGCAGCAGCAGCAGCAGCAGCAGUUUCAACGUGAGCAGUGUGGGAGGACUUCCUCAAAUCUAGAUGUUCACAUGAGGACACACAGUGGUGAAAAGCCUUUCUACUGCACUGAAUGUGGAAAAUACUUCAGCACCAAAUACAGUCUUGAUGGUCAUAAGAGAAUUCACACAGGAGAAAAACCAUUCGAGUGUCCUCACUGCGAGAAGAGCUUUAGUCGUAAACGUGUCCUGAAGAACCAUGUGCUUUUACACACCAGUGACAGACCCCGUUACUUUAGGGAUUCAGGUUCAAAAAAAUCACACCAGGAUAUUCACUCUAAAGAGAAACUCUUUAAAUGUUUACACUGUGAAAAACGUUUCCGUACAAAAACUGAGCAGAAAAUCCAUGAGAGAGUCCAUACUGGAGAGAAACCUUAUCACUGUAGCUUUUGUGGAAAGAGUUUUAGGCAACUGUCAAACCUUCUAAUCCACCAGAGAAUUCAUACAGGUGAAAAACCUUACAAAUGCUCUCAGUGUGACAAGACGUUUGCUCAGUCAACUCAAUUAAAAACCCACCAAAGAGUUCAUACUGGAGAGAAACCUUUUCACUGUACUGUCUGUGGAAAGAGCUUUAAUCAAUUGGCAAACUUUACAUUGCACCAGAGAACUCAUACAGGUGAAAAACCUUUCAAAUGCUCUCAGUGUGUCAAGACGUUUGCUCAUUCAGGUCACUUAAAAAUCCAUCAGAGAAUUCAUACUGGAGAGAAACCUUACCAAUGUACUGUCUGUGGAAAGAGUUUUAGUCAACAGGCAAACUUUGUAAGGCAUCAGACAACUCAUACAGGUGAAAAACCUUUCAAAUGCUCUCAGUGUGACAAGAGGUUUGCUCAUUCAGGUCACUUAAAAUCCCAUCAGAGAGUUCAUACGAGAAAGUAACCUUAUGUCCGCUUUAUCCGUGGAGAGAGAUUCUCUUAUCCUGGAAAUCUUCAGAGACAUCAGAAAAAAAACACCCAAGUAGCCAAAAUGCGUAAAUGUUACUUAAUGUCAAUGUUACGUGAUGACCAAACUUACGUCGCCACAUUGAGUGACCAGAAAAGUAAAAUAUUCUGGAUUUGUAACUUUAUCCAAGCAAACACGGAACGUUCGCCUAAAGUUAUCUUUUUGAUUAUCCUUUUGGCAACCAAAUAGUAAUAUUCUGGGAAUGUUUUUUUAAGGUUUUAUUUUUGCAACCAUAAAAUAAUUAAAGUGUUUUAAUGAGUUAUUUAAAAAUUAUACAGAACGUUCUCUAAUUGUUAUUUUUUUGGUAAUUUUUUUAGAACCAUAAAAUAAAGCGCUAGUUGCAGGGUGGUUAUUUUUAAAAUAAACUAACAAUAACUUGUACAGAACAUUCUCUAAUGGUUGUUUUUUGGUAAUUUUUGGAACCAUAAAAUAAAGU